AUGUCAUGGGAUGGUCCACUUUCCUCUGUCAAAUUAAUCAUUCAAGGCAAAAACUUGGAGUUAACCGAUACGGUUAAGAAACAUGUGGAAGACAAAGUAGGAAAGGCAGUUGAAAAACAUAGUCAUCUUGUAAGGGAAGUUGAUGUAAGGUUGUCGGUUAGAGGUGGAGAGUUGGGGAGAGGUCCGAGGAUUAGAAGAUGCGAGGUGACUUUGUUUACAAAGAGGCAUGGAGUGAUCAGAGCAGAGGAAGACGCUGAGACAAUCUAUGCAAGUAUUGAUUUGGUGUCGCCAAUUAUCCAAAGGAAGUUGAGGAAGAUUAAGGAGAAGGAGUCUGAUCAUGGUAGACACAUGAAAGGGUUUAAUAGGUUGAAGGUUAGGGAGCCAGUGCCACUUGUCGUGGAGGAUGAUGCAGAUGAAGUUUCACAGCAAGAAGAUGAGGAUUAUCUCGAAGAGGUUGUUCGCACGAAGUAUUUUGACAUGCCACCUUUAACUGUCUCGGAAGCUAUUGAGCAGCUGGAAAAUGUUGAUCAUGAUUUCUAUGGUUUCAGAAAUGAAGAAACUGGUGAGAUAAAUAUUGUUUACAAAAGAAAAGCUGGAGGAUAUGGUCUCAUCAUACCUAAGGGAAACGGUGAAGCUGAGAGAUUAGAGCCGUUGGUGGUAGAACCAGCUAAAGAACCAUUUUUGGCAGAAUAA